AUGUCUUCAAGUCGCUACCGCCCACCACAGCGCGACUCCUGGUUCGCACCUCUAUCCAUCGAUCUCCUCGUCAAGGUCCUCAACGUGACCUUCCUGCACCCCUUUGUAUGCUGGAUCAUCCCGCUGUGCUUCCGGGCGCAGACCGUCCGGUGGGAUGCCCCCCGCAUGAUUGUGUCCAUAGUCUGGGCGACCUUCAUCACGCUUUGCUGGGUGGCGGGCGUGGUCAACCAGCGCAUUGCGUACGGGCUGCCCAGGGAGGUUGAUCUCAGCGAGGAGGUUAUUGUGAUUACGGGCGGUGCCAGCGGCCUGGGCAUGCUGGUCGCUGAGGUGUAUGGCAUGAGGGGUGCGAGCGUGGCCGUGCUGGAUGUGAAUGACAUGGAGAAUGAGGAGGCGCGGGGGGUGACGUAUUACAAGUGUGAUGUUGGUGAUAAGGAGCAGGUGAAGAAGGUGGCGGGCGAGAUUGAAAAAGAUCUCGGAACACCCACCGUCCUCAUCAACAACGCUGCCGUCGUCAUAGGCAAGUCCCUCCUCAACUUGACAUUGGACGAAAUCGACACCAGCCUGUCCACCAACCUCCUCGGCCCGUUCUACUGCCUCAAGACGUUCCUCCCGGCCAUUAUCCGCGGCGGCACCGGCGGCACCGUCGUCAACAUCUCCUCUGUCAUCGGACACCUUGGCGCCGCUCAACUGACAGACUACGCCGCCGCCAAAGCCGGUCUGACUGCUCUGCACCGCUCUCUAACAGCUGAGCUGCGCGAGACACACCCAGAGAUUCGGACCGUUCUCAUCACGCCUGGGCAGUUGAGCACGCCGCUGUUCUAUGGGGUCCAAACGCCGAAUACGUUCUUUGCGCCCGUCGUGGAGCCCGUUGAUGUGGCAAAGGAGAUUAUUGCCGCUAUUGAUAAUGGCAGAGGCGCGACGGUCGCAAUGCCGCUUUAUGCGCGGUGGGUGGAUUGGUAUAAUGUGUUGCCGGCCGGGAUGCAGGUGCUGGCGAGGUUGGUGGCCGGUGUGGAUAGAGGGAUGAAGACGUUUAUUGGGAGACAGGGGCUAAAGGAUGAGUUGAAGACGAGGUAG